AUGUCGUCAAAUCCUAUCGAUUAUAACAAAAUCAAGGAAGCGUCCAUUAAUCAUCCUAAACCUCAGAAUAUAAAUUACACUUAUGGAACAGCAGGUUUUCGAAUGAAAGCUGAAUUACUCGAUUCAACUGUUUUUCGUGUGGGAAUUUUAGCAGCUUUACGUUCAAAAAAACUUGAUUCAAAAACUAUCGGCAUUAUGAUUACUGCUUCUCAUAACCCUGAACAAGAUAAUGGUGUUAAACUUGUUGACCCUUAUGGUGAAAUGUUGGAACAAUCAUGGGAAAGUUAUGCUACUAAAUUAGCCAAUGCUCAAAACGAAGAUGAUUUGGUUAAUGCGAUCAAAGAAAUAAUUGAAAAAAAUCAGAUCGAUGAUUCAAAAAAAGCAAGUGUCGUAUAUGCAAGAGAUACAAGACCAAGUGGUUUGGCAUUAGUGGCAGCUCUUGAAGAUGGUUUGAAGGCAAUUGGUGCAGAGAUCGUUGAUUUUGGGAUUAAAACUACGCCACAACUUCAUUAUGUAACACGUUGCUUGAACACAUUGGGAACAGAUAAUGAAUAUGGUGAACCAAACGAAGAUGGUUAUUGUAAAAAACUAGCCAAUGCUUUUCGUAAAAUUGUUAAAGAUAAACCACGUCCCUCUACCAUUUAUGUAGAUUCAGCAAAUGGUGUUGGAGGACCAAAGCUUCGAGAUCUUGAAAAAUACAUUGGUGCUGAUAUUUUAAACGUUUCAAUAAAAAAUGAUGAUUGCGGGGCCGAUUUUGUGAAAUCUGGACAAAGGGUUCCUUUAGGAUUUGAUCUUGUAAGUGGUCAACGUGCUGCGUCACUGGAUGGUGAUGCAGAUCGUAUAGUGUUUUAUUAUAUUGAUGAAGGUUUGGCUGCAGGUUUUAUUAUGGAACUUGUAAAAACUGCAGGACUUCAAGGGAUUAAUGUUGGAGUAGUCCAGACUGCAUAUGCGAAUGGUAACUCCACUAAAGUUCCAGUUUCAUGCGUACCAACGGGUGUAAAAUAUUUACAUCAUGAAGCUGAAAAAUAUGAUUGUGGUGUUUAUUUUGAAGCUAAUGGUCAUGGAACAGUAUUGUUUAGUUCUAAAGCAAUGAAUAUUAUUAAAUCUUCUAAAGGAGAAACUGCAGAACAAAACGAAGCAAUUGAAAAAUUAAAGGCCCUUACAGAUUUAAUUAAUCAAACUGUUGGUGAUGCAUUAUCCGAUUUAUUAUUGGUUGAAGCUAUUCUGACUAAUCGUCAAUGGUCUUUAAAACAGUGGGAUCAAGCAUACACUGAUUUACCUAAUCGAUUGAUUAAAGUUGUGGUUUCUGAUCGUAAUAUAUUUAAAACAACUGAUUCGGAACGUAAACUUGUUGAACCAGACGGUUUACAAAAUUUGAUUGAUCAACUUGUUUCUCAAUAUAAUCAAGGACGCUCAUUUGUUAGACCAUCAGGGACAGAAGAUGUAGUGCGAGUUUAUGCUGAAGCUGCUACUAAAGAAGAAUGUGACGAAUUAGCUUAUAAAGUUGCUGGUGUUGUUUAUGAUAAAGCUGGCGGGAUUGGUGGACGCCCGAAAGAAUUUUUGUAA